AUGGCUGUGUUAAGGACUGCUGUAUGGUCCAAGUACAAAUGGCCUGAAUGUGUUCUUCCCAUAUCUGAUUUUAGGUUGUGUGCCUGUGGGUAUUCGUUUUUGAUAAUGUUCGCCUUAUUGGGUCGAGUAUUUUUGCCUGGUGUUUCUGUUUGCAUAUGUGUGUUUCGGCGGUUGUCUAGGCGUCUCAGCACUGCUCUCUUCCCUUGUCAGUUUCGCUGUGAUCGUGCUUGGCUUCUGGUCGGUUUCUUAGGAUGGUACUGUCCCGCCAUCCCCGAUCCAAACUGUGGGACUGAUCGCGCGAGCUUGCAAUCUCUCGCGUUCUCUAAUGGCAAUUCCCAUUUAAUUAAGUCCCCCAUCGAUGAAUUCCUUCAUUUCAUUUGUUUUACUCUUUGGCAGCCGGCCCUUCUCCGUUCUUCUCUUCACUACACCAAAGCAUUCAAGAGGAACGGCUAUGAUUGGAAUCCUUCCAGGGACCCUUUGGAUUCUGUUUACGCACCACUAGGAGACCUCCAUCAGGAUCCGUGCAAACUCAGCAGCCCUGACAUUGUUUGGGACAGCGCCACUUCAUUCUUAAACAACUUUACACAGUCACUUCUAGCACAUAGACUGCCCGAUGACAACUGGGGUAACUUGUUGAUCUCGAUGCCGAGUGGAAGCAAUAAUCGUGACCAACAUGGAGCGAACGUGCAACUGUUGCCCGGUGACAACCAGGUGAACUCAUCAAGCGCGAUGCCAAGUGGAAGCAACGAAAGAGAUCAACAUGGAGUGAACGGGCAACUAUUGUUGCCCGGUAACAACCUGGUGAACUCGUUGAGUUCGAUGCCUAGUGUGAGCAAGAGGAGGCCGGGAAUUAGUUUCUGAUAACUUAUCAAAAUCUAAAGGAAAGGGCAAACUGAAACGGCUCCGGCGCCAGGGAACCGUUUUUAGCAUUGAAUCAUCAACUUCCAGGAAACAACCAGCACCGACCAGGAAAGCAGUGAGUUACGAAGAGUGUAUCAAGGGGAAAUCUGUGGGGGACAGUGCCAAAGUUUUGAUAGAUCGAGUCCUCAAAAGGAUUCUCUUACCUGAACUUAGUACUUCAUA